AUGUUCGCCGGACGCAAGCGCAGGAAGCCGGCCCAGAAGGGGGUGAAAGCGGCUCCGGCUGAGGGCGCCAAGUCCAACCCGUCCAAACGCCACCGCGAGCGUCUGAACGGCGAGCUGCAGCGGCUGGCCGGGCUGCUGCCCUUCCCCGAGGACGUGGUGUCCAGCCUGGACAAGCUGUCCAUCCUCCGGCUCAGCGUCAGCUACCUGCGGACCAAGAGCUUCUUCUCAGUAACGCUGAGGAACCAGCCGCCCGGGUUCCCCAGCAGAGGCGGCGGCCAUGACGGCGGCAGCCAUGACGACGGCGGCCAUGACGGCGGCGUGCCGGAGGGCGAGCUGCUGCUGCAGGCUCUGCACGGCUUCGUGUUGGUGGUGACGGCCGGGGGAACUGUCUUCUUCUGCUCUCACACCAUCCAGGAAUACCUCGGCUUCCAUCAGGUAUUCAGCCUUCCUGUUUUCCCUCUGUGA